UAAGUUAAACAAGAUGAAACUCCAAUUUUAGAAAGUGAAAUGGAAGAAGCAAGUUUUGCCAAGUCCAAGGGCUCAUCUAUCCCUACAGUAAAGGGGGAAAUGAAAUCCUUACUGGAAUUCUCAGUCCAUUUAUGAAUCUGUCCACAAAAGCUCAUGCAAAAAUAAACACUAUUUAAUCUUAAAGGCGCUCCUACAGUCAUUUUAUUUAUUUUUUCCUCCCUGGUCCAUCCUCCUUUUUUUAUUGAUUUCCUUGUUCUAUGGUCUGUCCUCUCCUUUUUCUCAGCAAUAAUGCACAGCGGUUUUGUCUGUGAGCCAGUACAAUACUUAGGAGUCCCUUAUGGGAAGAAAUGGAACAGAAUGCCUUGUUUUGUAAAGUGAGUACUAAGCAAAAAAAAAAAAAAAAGAUUCAGUAGGAUCCGUUAAGUACCACAGUAGGAGAAAAGCAAAAGGUGGGGAAAGAACCGAAGAUAACAGCGAAGGAGAAAGAGCACAGCAAACCCCAUCUCAUCUGGGAAGCGAAAAGAAGGAACUGGAGAAGUGACGGAAGACAAGCACUUACAGACCCUCAAAGGAGACCUGCAUUAUGAGCAAUGCAUACUAUGAGAAAAUUGAUGGUCACUCCUCUGCCUCUCUGAAUCCACCCCCCUACUCCGAAGAAGCUCCUCCACUGGGACCUUCCACUGGGACGUUGCCCACGCUGGGCUAUGAAGCCAUCCCUGCAAUGCCACCCGAAUACCAGCCUUGCUAUGGUUUGCCCAGAGAAGGAUCCAGUCCUGGCGCGGUCCUCUAUCCUUCACGGGCCAUCUUCAUCGCGACUGCCCUUCCACCCAGUGUGCCUGACUACUUGGGCUACUCCAUCUUUAAUAUGGUUUGUUGUUUUCUACCCCUGGGUAUUGCUGCCUUCGUUUGCUCUAUAAUGACCCGAAUAGCCAACCACAGUGGUGAUGGCACAACUGCUCAGCGAAACUCCAGGAUGGCACUUAUUCUGGCCAACACAGCAUUCGGUGUCGGGCUGGCCCUCUGGAUUAUAUUGCUCACAAUAUUUCUGUGGUGAUCCUUGAUAACUAGGCAACCAGACUUCACAAACAAAAUGAACUUAACUACGCAUUUAUGAUGUUCUGAGGCUAACGCCUGCCUUCAUUUCCUUCUGUCAUCACACCAUAAAACAAUGUGCUAUAGGAUGCUUCACACUUGUAUCAACGCUUUCUGAUUGAAAUCCAUUUGACGUUGAAAACCAACAAUGGAACAUGUGAACUUCAAAGCAUUUUCAUUUGAGGCAACGUGAAAAGAUUGGACGAAACUUCCACCAAACAAGAGACUUGGAAUAAUCCAUCUACGCUCAGGGGUGAACAUCAAAUGUAAUUUACUUCUAUAAUAAACAACAAAAG